AUGGGUGGUUUAGAGAGUGGGGUGGUGGUCGGCGAACCACUACCGGCCGGUAAACGGAGCACGGUACGUAGACUGUCAUUUUUGGUGAGGCUUCAUAUUCUUGUUCAUGAAGUCUCUGUUUUGGACGAUGUGGUAUCUUGUGCCAUAGCUCGUCCAAGAUUUGAUGGACAAGGAAAUGAAAUAUUUGAUGGAAAAAUUGGCAUUUUUCCAUUUGUUACACAAGAACCUGCUAGAAGAAACAGUAUCAAUAGACUCGCAGGCACGUUAGAAACAAAACCGUUAACUUCGGUAAAUAGAGAUAUUAUGAGAUCAUAUUUGAUUGAAAAACUCUUACCGGCAAUUAAAGAAAAAUGGCCAAGAGAUGAUAUGAUGAAUCCGAUUUUUAUUCAGCAAGACAAUGCAAGAACUCAUGUUGACAAAAAUGAUGAAGCUUUUUGUGAGGCAGCUAGAUACGGAGGAUUUGAUAUUCGUUUGAUGUGCCAACCGGCAAAUUCUCCUGAUUUGAAUAUUUUGGAUUUAGGUUUUUUUAGUGCAAUUCAAUCUCUGCAAUACAAAGAGGCACCAAAAACCGUGGAUGAGCUUAUUUCAGCUGUUGCGCGAUCGUACGACUCAUUUGACGUGAGAAAAUCAAAUCGUAUAUUUUUAUCGUUGCAACUAUGCAUGAUAGAAAUAAUGCAAGCAAAGGGGUCAAAUAAAUAUAAGAUUCCACACAUAAACAAGGCAAAAUUGGAAAAUCUUAAGGAGCUCCCUAGCCAACUAAAAUGUGAUUCUACAUUAGUACAAGAAGUUAUGCAAAUUUUAAUAUCUAAAACUUCUGUAACAACCAAAUUUACAUGCAAUAGUUGGAAAGUGCACUUGUAUGGAUGUUAA